GGCCGCUGGCGCCUGCUCCGUCCCCUCCCACUCGCACGGCCCCUUCCUCCCUCCUCUGUCGGCCGCUCGCAUUUCCUGCCGCUCUGGCUCUCCCGGCCCCUGAAAGUUCGUCCCAACUUUUUCUCCCCCGGGCGGGCGCGGCGGGCGCAGUCCGGGGGCAGGUUGCUGCGCUCCUCCUCGCUCCGCCGCCUGCCCUCCCGGCCCUGGUCCUCGGGGAGCGGCCGCCACUCAGUGGCCCCUGGCGGUCCUUCCCCUCCCACCUAGCCCAUCCUCCCGGUCCCAGCCUCCCUCUGGCGGGACAGACCCGAGCCAGGGUGGUUCUCCUUUUCCCCUUCUCCGAGCGCCCCCGCGCCAACUCUCGCGCCGGGAUCGCGGCGGAAACCUCCCUCCUCUUUCGCCUCCUUCGGCUCCUUCCCUCCGCCCUUCCACCGCCAGCCACUGGAAUCAAUUCUUUGGGGGAAUUGGGGCUUCGCCGCUGCCGCCGCCGCGGAGGACAGCCUUUCCGCGCGGGACUCCGGGGCACCGAUAGGGCCAUGUAAGCAGCGACCCUCCAGAGCGCCACGCCGGGCAUGGACGCCUUUUUCCGCACUUGGAGGAACACGGGUGCUAGUGUCAUCGCCCAGUCACAAAGCUGCUAAGGCCAUCUCAGGGGCGUGGGCGUCAGGACAGGAGGGCAGCAUCCGAGGGCCACAGAGCCAUGCCUUUCGGCCUGAAGCUCCGCCGGACCCGGCGCUACAACGUCCUGAGCAAGAACUGCUUUGUCACCCGCAUCCGCCUGUUGGACAGCAACGUUAUCGAGUGCACGCUGUCUGUGGAGAGCACGGGGCAGGAGUGCCUGGAGGCGGUGGCCCAGAGGCUGGAGCUGCGGGAGACGCACUACUUUGGCCUUUGGUUUCUCAGCAAGAGCCAGCAAGCACGAUGGGUGGAGCUGGAGAAACCUCUGAAGAAACAUCUGGACAAAUUUGCUAAUGAGCCUCUGCUUUUCUUUGGAGUCAUGUUUUAUGUGCCAAAUGUGUCGUGGCUUCAGCAAGAGGCCACAAGAUAUCAGUAUUACCUGCAAGUCAAAAAAGACGUGCUUGAAGGGCGGUUGCGAUGUACGCUGGAACAGGUGAUCCGGCUGGCGGGCUUAGCUGUGCAAGCUGAUUUUGGAGACUAUAAUCAGUUUGACUCUCAGGAUUUCCUCAGAGAAUAUGUGCUAUUUCCAAUGGAUUUGGCCCUGGAAGAAGCUGUUCUGGAGGAGCUGACACAGAAGGUGGCCCAAGAACACAAAGCCCACAGUGGAAUCCUGCCAGCAGAAGCUGAGCUUAUGUACAUCAAUGAGGUGGAACGUUUGGAUGGCUUUGGACAGGAAAUCUUCCCUGUGAAGGACAAUCAUGGAAACAGUGUGCACCUGGGCAUUUUCUUUAUGGGGAUUUUCGUGAGAAACAGAAUUGGAAGACAAGCAGUAAUAUACAGGUGGAACGACAUGGGGAAUAUCACUCACAACAAGUCAACUAUACUGGUGGAGCUCAUCAGCAAAGAGGAGACUGCCCUCUUUCACACGGAUGAUAUCGAAAACGCCAAGUAUAUAUCUCGAUUGUUUGCUACACGGCACAAGUUUUACAAACAAAACAAAAUCUGCACUGAACAAUCAAAUUCUCCACCACCUAUCAGACGCCAGCCCACCUGGAGCCGGUCCUCCCUGCCCCGGCAACAACCGUACAUCUUGCCUCCCAUGCAUGUCCAGUGUGGCGAACACUACUCGGAAACACACACUUCUCAAGACAGCAUCUUCCAUGGGAAUGAAGAAGCCUUGUAUUGCAACUCGCACAACAGCCUGGACUUAAGUUAUAUAAAUGGCACCGUCACCAAUGGCAGUGUGUGUAGCAUUCACAGCGUCAACUCCCUCAGUUGCUCCCAAAGCUUCAUCCAGGCGUCUCCCGUGUCCUCCAACCUCAGCAUCCCUGGGAGUGACAUCAUGCGGGCUGACUACAUCCCGAGCCACCGGCACAGCGCCAUCAUCGUGCCAUCCUACCGGCCGACCCCCGAUUAUGAGACAGUCAUGCGGCAGAUGAAGAGGGGGGUUGUGCACACGGACAGCCAGAGCCAGUCCCUGCGAAACCUCAACAUCAUCAACACCCACGCCUACAACCAGCCAGAGGAUCUGGUGUACAGCCAGCCCGAGAUGCGGGAGAGGCACCCCUACACUGUCCCUUAUGGGCCCCAGGGGGGCUACGGUAACAAACUGGUCAGUCCAUCGGACCAGAUCAACCCGAAGAAUACCACGGUGCCAAGCAAGCCCGGGGCAAGCGCCAUCUCACACACGGUGAGCACCCCGGAGCUGGCCAACAUGCAGCUCCAGGGCACCUAUAACUACAACACGGCCCACAUGCUCAAAAACUAUCUCUUCCGGCCACCACCCCCCUACCCACGGCCCCGCCCCGCCACCAGCACCCCGGACCUCGCCAGCCACCGCCACAAGUACGUCAGCGGCAGUAGCCCCGACUUGGUGACUCGCAAAGUGCAGCUGUCCGUGAAGACCUUCCAGGAGGACAGCUCCCCGGUGGUGCAUCAGUCUCUCCAGGAGGUGAGCGAGCCCCUCACGGCCACCAAGCACCAUGGCACGGUGCACAAGCGCCACAGCCUGGAGGUGAUGAGCAGCAUGGUGCGGGGCAUGGAAGCCAUGACCUUGAAGUCGCUAAACAUCCCCAUGGCCCGCCGCAACACUCUCCGAGAGCCGGGGCCACCCGAGGAGGUGCCGGGGAGCCACGAGGUCCCCCAGCUUCCCGAGUAUCACCACAGGAAGACUUUCUCGGAUGCCACGAUGCUGAUCCACAGCAGUGAGAGCGAGGAGGAAGAAGAGGAGUCUCCGGAACCAGUGCCCCAGAUCCCCGUGCUCCGCGAGAAGAUGGAGUACAGCGCCCAGCUACAGGCCGCCUUAGCCCGCAUUCCAAACAAGCCCCCACCCGAGUACCCCGGACCCAGGAAAAGUGUGAGCAACGGGGCGCUGGGGCAAGACCAGGUGUGCCUUCCUCCCGCCAUCGCCAGGGCCAGGGUCCUGAGGCAGGGGCCAGCCAAGGCCAUCAGUAUCUCCCGGGCUGACCAGAUGGCCAUCAACGGGUCCUCUCUUGGUCCAUCCAUCUCAGAGCCCGACCUGACAAGUGUGAAGGAGCGGGUCAAGAAAGAGCCUGUGAAGGAGAGACCUGUGUCUGAAAUGUUCUCCCUGGAGGACAGCAUUAUAGAAAGAGAGAUGAUGAUCCGGAAUCUAGAGAAGCAGAAGAUGGCAGGCCUGGAGGCACAGAAGAGGCCACUGAUGUUGGCAGCCUUGAACGGACUCUCGGUUGCUCGGGGCUCGGGGCGGGAAGAAAGUCGCGUUGAUGCCACCCGAGUUCCCAUGGAUGAGAGGUUCAGAACCCUGAAGAAGAAGCUCGAAGAGGGGAUGGUGUUCACAGAAUAUGAGCAGAUUCCAAAGAAAAAGGCAAAUGGCGUUUUCAGCACAGCAGCUCUGCCAGAAAAUGCUGAGCGCAGCCGUAUCCGGGAGGUCGUCCCCUACGAGGAGAACCGCGUAGAGCUCAUACCGACCAAAGAAAACAACACAGGCUACAUUAACGCCUCCCACAUCAAGGUGGUGGUUGGUGGGGCAGAAUGGCACUACAUCGCCACUCAGGGGCCUCUGCCACACACAUGCCAUGACUUCUGGCAGAUGGUGUGGGAGCAGGGAGCGAAUGUGAUCGCCAUGGUCACCGCAGAGGAGGAAGGCGGACGAACCAAGAGCCACCGAUAUUGGCCCAAACUGGGUUCCAAGCACAGCUCAGCCACCUAUGGCAAGUUCAAGGUCACCACAAAAUUCCGAACAGAUUCCGGUUGCUAUGCAACCACAGGCUUGAAGGUCAAGCACCUUUUGUCUGGGCAGGAAAGGACAGUGUGGCAUUUGCAAUAUACUGAUUGGCCAGAUCACGGCUGCCCAGAGGAUGUCCAAGGAUUUUUGUCCUACUUGGAGGAGAUCCAGUCGGUCCGUCGCCAUACCAACAGCAUGUUGGAAAGCACCAAGAACCAGCACCCCCCGAUAGUGGUCCACUGCAGUGCUGGGGUGGGAAGGACCGGCGUGGUCAUCCUUUCUGAGCUGAUGAUCUACUGCCUGGAGCAUAAUGAAAAGGUGGAAGUGCCCAUGAUGCUGAGGCUCCUCAGGGAGCAAAGGAUGUUCAUGAUCCAGACCAUCGCUCAGUACAAGUUUGUCUACCAGGUCCUCAUCCAGUUCCUCCAAAACUCCAGACUCAUUUAACCCCCUGCUUCAGCUCCUGGAAGAGGCAGCCAGCUCCAUCUUACAGAUGGGGAAGCACCUCCAGACAACAUCUGCUCCCCCAGCAGGGCGCGGAUGGCCGGAGCAGGCAGGUCACGGGCUCCCUGAAGACAGGAGCGCCAAGAUCAUUCACAAACAUCAUGUAUUAUUUUAUAUGAGAUAAUUUAUUUUUUCCCCCUUUGGAAUAACUUUUGUGAAUCAUCGUAAUGCAGUUUUCACAAUAAUAUAGUACUUUUCAUCUGAACCACAUUUUGACUGAUCUGCAUUGUAAUAGGUCAGUAGGGAGGGUUGCCUGGUGGAUUAUUUGGGGGACAGAGGCAUAAGGGAACACAUCUCUAGUGAAGUUGCAGCCAGAUUUGUAACCAGCCCUGAAAUUUGUCAGCCUAAUUGCUCAUGUCCAAAUCAAAGAUGGCAAGAAAAUGAGUUCAUCCUAAAAUAUAAAGGGCUAAGACCCUUUCCUGAAGGAGAACAACACUCUUUUCUUAUAUUUGGGGGCUCCUGCGGCUUGAUGGGCAGUUCCUUCCCUUUCCCCUUUUUGCCCUCUCCCUCAGUAGUCUCUUUUUUCCUCCCAGACUUGAGUUAAAGACAGGACCAGCUAGAGGAAAUGCUCCCUUUCCAAUGCAGUGAUUGCCAUUGCCCGGGAAGAAUGAGGACUCUGUGUUGUAUCUUUCUCAACCACUCCUUAUUCUGGGCUCUGGAGCCUGUUCCCCUGCUGGAGACUGCACCCUUGAUAUUUGCUGCUUCUCCCUGUUGGCUCAGUGGACCCUAGUCUGGUGGCCUCCGAGGCCCUGGGCCAGGCCGUCUGUGCAGCUAGGCUUCUUGCCUGAUUGAGAGAAGAUAACAGACCAGUGUGGAAGAGAGAGGAGACAUGCAGGCCCUUGAUAUUGUUUCUUAUUUAAAUAUGAAGUGUGUGCUGACGGGGAUCUGAAGGUCAAGGUGCUGGGUGCCAUGGAAAGGUUAUAAAGGAAGCGGUUGGGAAAGCUGAUGUAUGGGGGCUCUUUGGCACUCAGGUGGCAGGGGCCCUGCCAGGAGCCACCCCAAGUGUUAUCCCCGCCGUGCUGCUAGCAUCUCCAGCCUUUGGCCUGCAGGAGCAGAACUAAGCCCACCCAGGACCUUGCAGUCCAAAGCUUGGCCCACCUGCUGAAAGACGGUGAGAUUUGUGGUGCUUUCCUUUUCUCCAUACAGCCCACUCUGGUCAGUUGUGGUAUUAACCCUGCCCUCAGUUUGAAGCUCAGUCCUUAGUUCGUCUCCUUCUGGGCCUUCACUGGUCACUGUCCUUCUGAAUUUUGUAGGUUAGUCUAUAAUAAUCAUGUUCUGCACAUUAUCCCUCUUGCUGACUUCUGGGGAAUUUUCCCCUCUACUGUCUAGUUUUUCUUGAUGCAACUUUUAAUUGUGGCUUUGUUCUUAAAAUUGACUUUUGCGGGUGUUCCAUGAUGCCUUCUUCCACUGCUCCUUUUUUUUUUUUUUUCCUCCUGAGGUGCAAAUAUAAAGAAAGAAUGGCAUCCAGUCGACCAGAAAGAGUGUGCCUUUGUGGCUUCUGGUCACCACAACAGGCGGGUGCGGAAGCAGAUUCCUGAUGAACUACUUUGGAGUAUGAAUCAACUUGGUUUCACAUCUGGCCAGGUGUUAAGAGCGGUGGUUCUCUGUAUUUGGACUCAGUAUCUGGCUAUGGAGGGCCUCCUACCUUCUCUUCCAAGGUCUAAAGAAUCAGUCAAGGAGCAGAACUUCAGCUGAGCGCCGUAGAUUCUGGAAUUUUGCUGCGUGAUCUGAAAAAGAAAACCACUAGUAUGACAUGUAUUUUCAGUGGAUCCCAGCUCGUAACCCUCACUAGGAGACGCUCAGAAAUUGGAUCAUCGGCAAGCAAAGAGGUAUUGUUUCCUUUUCCUUAGGGACUUUCCAUCCUUGGGAUAUUCUGCUGUUAGGGAUGUUUUAACAGUUGGUCUGCCGUUACUGGUUUAUUGUUUGAGGAACCACAUCGGUAUUUCUCUUUGUCUCUCAGGCCCGAGUGUGGGGUGUUAAAAUGUCUCAUGUGGGCAGCGUGUAGAUCUGCUGUCCCUGAGUUCAUCACUCACGACCCUCCUUUCAGCUCAUCCACUGUUGCCAGUUGGUGCUCUGGGGAUAUUCAUGAACGCACAGAAUGCAAAGAAGUAGGUUCAGUAUCCAAUUUCCUAGCCGAAGGUUGUAUUGAAACGCAAAGGAAAACAUUUAAAAGUGAUUCCCCAUAUUUUGUUUUUAAAAACAAAUGCUUUUUGCCCUUGAGCCCAUUUUGCCUUCCUUUUCACGUCUCCAGUAAAUGCCAACCUAUCUCCUGUUAAAUGAGCAGCAGACAUUUGAAGUCCUUUCAGUGGCAUCUGCAUAAUAAUUGCCCAGAGAUGCUUUAUAUCUGGGAAGCAAGCCAAGGAAUAAACCUUGAAGCAAAGUGUACUAAAUUAGUUAUCUAGUUAGAGCUUUUGGAGUGAGUUCCUGACGAUGUAUCAAGUCUGAAGCUGCAGUUUCGACUUGAAGGGAGAAAAUUUAAAAUGGAGGGGGAAAAAAAAAAAGAUACCAUCUUACAACAAAGCCAUCCAACGCUUUCAGGCCUCUGGUUUUGAAGUUUUUCCAGUUGAAAUGUUUUGUUUCUUUCAUCCACUCCCAUUUGGAUAUAUUGACGCAGUGUUCAUCCUUGUUUACCGUGGUCCCUGAACCAGUGGGGCUGAGUUUGACGUCUUCACCCUUGAGCUGAGCUAAGCCUGUUUGAAAAGCCGAACCGUAUCCUGUUGUGCUUUACUGGGUUCCUUGGGCUUUAAGUGGACACCACCUUGGUCUCAUCUACAUUUACACACCACUUUCCCUGGACAGGAAGUAAAGGAGGAUUUGGCGGCUUUAGGCAGGGAUGUCAAACGUGGAAUAUUCUGAGUAAUAAACUUCCGAGAACCCUAAAUAGAGAGAAUUUUACUUCUACAACUUUUGUGCUCCUAGAUUGAGAAGAGGAACUAUUUUUGGACUGUAAUUAGUUAUUGUUUGCCUCCGAGUCCCGUGGCCAUCUCUGGCCCCUUCCCCCCAUCGGCCUGGAGAGAGGGUCUUGGUGGGCUCCGCUGGGUGACAUCCUGUGGGACUUGCCCACUGGCUUGCCCAGGACUCACUUAACCUUUAUCCUGCCUACACUCAGCUUUUGUGGUUCUGUUAUAAACACCAGUGGGUACCGUAAGUCAGCACUUUUAUCCAACUGCCUACCUUUCUUAUCUUUUCCAGCUUGAUAUAGGUUGACUCAUAUGAAAUUUCCAAUAUUUGGACCAUGUUUUACUUACAAUAACAGAAAAUUCACAUGGAUCAACCUAACACUUACAGUUUGUUUCUCCUCCCCGAUUAGUAUGGAUCCCAGCGCACCAUAUGUCAUUUCUCAAGUGCUAAUGAACACGAAAGCAUGUACAGUGGGCGGCUUGGUUCUUUUUGUGAACUCAUUGCCUUGCUGCGGCAACCCUUGCCUCACUUGAGUGGGCCAUCUCCUGGGGCUUGGAGUCACUCUUUGCAGAGAGCACUUUGGAUUCUCAUAGGCAGGGUUGGCCAUCACGCACGUGACUAUGGGGUUUUCAGCUGCCAUCCUUUCUUGAUACACAGUCUGUAUUAGCUGACCUCAGCCCAGUGGUUAUGGAACACAAUAUGUGGGCCCGAGGUGUCCAGAGUCACAAAGCAGAAUGUGCUUUUGAAUCUCUCUUCCCCACUUCCAGUGGUGCGUGGGAUGGAGAAAGUGGGUAUGGUUAUUGAUUUUCUUUGGGGGGGGGGUAGAUCUGUCAAUCGCUUGAGGUCAGGGGGUGGGCAAAUGCAGGGACCUUCUAAGAUGUGUGCCAGGGAGCUUAGACUCAAGGGUUGGGGACUGAGUCUGAGCCAUAUCAGUGUUAAUCUACCCUUCAUUUCUCCUUCGUGUCGGGGGUAACUGUCAGGAUCCCAGAGUAAGAAAUUUCCAGAAGCACCAAGUAAUUACUGUUGGGCUCUUAGGGUGGCUCUUUGUGGGAAUACAGUUCCCUCUUGUUUUACCAAAGAUACUUCUGCAACUGUGUUUUAUUUUAUUGCCUAUGGAUUUUAUCAGACACUCACCAUGCUCUUACUUAGUGAUUUCUUUCCGUGAGCAGAGUAACAACUCAUCUAGCACUGAUUCCAAAUGGAGAAAUUUGGGGUUUUCAUGGAGACUGCAAACAUUUUCCAUUGGUCUAGAGCUUUACGGGUGACAGAUUAGUUGGCCCUAUAGGGUUGAAAUAAUCCUACUCGGCCCUAUAGGGUGGACAUCUCUAGGAUAUUAAAUUAUGUUUGACACUUCCCGUGAACUCUGAGCAAGUUAAGCACAAUGGUUCUUGUCUUUGCCUCAGCUUCUAAGACAUUUGGGGCAAAAGACCUUACUGGUGCAUCUAUCGAAAGUAACAGCAACAUGCCUGGGAGAAAUGGGCAGGUAUAUCCAAAUUCUGCCAACUCAUAUGUGUUGCCCCGAAAAUUGCUGUUCUUCAUGGGGUCCUGAGGAACUCGAUGGCCUACUUGCCUGACACUCAACCUUUAUCCUGCCUGCUCUCAGCUUUUGCAUUUGUUAGGAACUCAGAUGCGUGUUUUUAUCCAGCUUACUACCUUACUUAUUUUUUUCCAGCUUAAGACAGCUGUGUCUUCUUCCUCAAGGCCAAACUAAAAGGUUCUCUAUUAAAAUGUCCAUGAGCCUGGCAUUGAAUAUCUGGCAUCAGUCGGUUUCACAGGACUGCAUAAUUUAUUGUUGCUUGGUGCAGUGAAAAGGAGGAUGUGGGUCAGUUCCUACUGCUUGGAGCUUUGAUCAGCCCUCUCAUUUAAAAAGUAAAUUCAAGGAACUUCUCGUUUUAAGACAGGAGGGCAAAAGCUGAUGGGCAGCCUUGAACAUGAGAACGCAUCUAUCUAGAAAGUCACUGUUCCUUCUGCCACGCUUUGGGCCAUCCAGAUCAUUCUUUCCAAAAAAUGCCAUAAGCUUGCCCAGAGAAGAGCUAUAAAUGGGAAGAGAAAGAGGAAGGCUUGGAGUUUCUAUCAAAAAGUUCCUGAUUCACAAACAAUUUUCUGAACUCGGUGAUGUCUCUCCUACUCCCUCCCUUUCUAUAAGGCCAGAGGGAUGGAGAUGAGGUGGUGAUCCUGGGAAAGACCGCGCUGUAGUGGGGAGAUCUGUUUCACCCUCACACAGUUUUUGGUUUUUUUUUAAAUUAUUUUAUUUUUGGCUGCGUUGGGUCUUCAUUGCUGCGUGCGG